UUCUGGGCGUUAACGCGCGGGGGAGGUCUGAGGGGCGUGCACCCUGUGGAAGGGACGAGUGGGUACUUGCAGAGUGGAGAAAGUGGCCCCGGUGUGUGGGCGCGCGUUCCCUGGGCUGCAGCCGGCAGAGGGCGCUCCGGGCUCGCCGGACACCGCGCUCCGGCCCCGGCGGCUGCGGCGCCACGGCGCGGGGGAGGCGAGGAAUUCUUCCCGAGGGCGGGCAGGGGGAGACUUUCGGAAUGGGGGCAGCCCCCAGGAAUGCACCCCCGAAGCCAUACCCUCCACCACCCCGCGCCUGCCAGGCAGCCCCCUCCGCGGCCGGGCCGGGGUCUAGCUCCCCAGCCCUGCACCCCACUGCCGGCAGCCCCCUGCUGCCGCGCCCGGCCGCCCGGGGCGGGGGCGGUGGCCCAAGGGGCACGUGGCUCCGGGUCCGGGCGGAGCGGCGCCCCCCCCUCCCGUCCCCCGGCGCCGGCCCGUCCCCGCGUGGCCGCGGCCGCGGGGGCAGAGGGAGGGAGGGCGGGGCGCGCGGGCGGCGGCGGCGGGCGGCGCCGGGGAGGGGGUCGCGCGGGGGCGGGCCGCGGGCCGGGCGGGGGUCGGCGGGCUUCCGGGCGGCGGCGGAGGCGGGCGCGGCGCGAUGUGCGAGCGGGCGGCGCGCCUGUGCAGGGCCGGCGCGCACAGGCUGCUCCGGGAGCCGCCGCCGCAGGGCCGGGCGCUGGGCGGGCUGCUGCGCUGGGUGGGCGCCAGGAUGGGCGAGCCCCGGGCGCCGCUGGCCCCCGACGCCCCCGACACCCCCGACACCCCAGCCGCGGACCCCGGCCCCAACCCGGGCCCCGCCUCGCCGCGCGGGGGCACCGCCGUCAUCCUGGACAUUUUCCGCCGUGCGGACAAAAAUGAUGACGGGAAGUUGUCCUUGGAGGAGUUCCAGCUCUUCUUUGCAGAUGGCGUCCUCAACGAGAGGGAACUGGAGGAUCUCUUCCACACCAUCGACUCCGACAACACCAAACUACUUUGUGGACCACAUGGGGGACUAUGAGGACGUCCUGGCUUCCCUGGAGACCUUGAACCACUCAGUGCUGAAGGCCAUGGGCUACACCAAGAAGGUGUACGAGGGCGGGAGCCACGUGGACCAGUUUGUGACGCGCUUCCUCCUGAAGGAGACGGCCAACCAGAUCCAGUCCCUGCUGAGCUCGGUCGAGAGCGCGGUGGAGGCCAUCGAAGAGCAGACCAGCCAGAUCCGACAGAACCACAGCCGGCCCAGCCACGGCACGGUGGAGACCUGGUCCGGGAGCCCCACUCCCCCCUGCGCCCCGAACCACAAGCUCAUGGCUGCGGAGCAAGGAAAGAACUUCCUGCCUGGCACCUCGGACCCCAAGGAGGACGGCCUGGAUGCUCAGAUCAGCAGGCUGGCGGGGCUUAUUGGACGGCUGGAGAACAAGACCCUUUGGUUUGACCUUCAGCAGCAUCUCUCGGAUGAAGAGGGCACCAACAUGCACCUGCAGCUGGUCCGGCAGGAGAUGGCCGUGUGCCCGGAGCAGCUGGGCGGCUUCCUGGACUCUCUGCGCCAGUACGUGCGGGGCACCGCCGGGGCCAGGAACUGCUUCCACAUCGCCGCCGUGAGGUUGGCAGACGGUGUCACCUUCGUGGUCUAUGAGUUCUGGGAGACGGAGGAGGAGUGGAAGAGGCACCUGCAGAGCCCUGUGUGCAAGGCGUUCCGGCACGUCAAGGUGGACACGCUGAGCCAGCCUGAGGCCUUCUCCCGGAUCUCCGUGCCAGCUGCUUGGUGCACCCUGGGCCGUGACUGACCGCCUCCCCGAGGCCCCACAGAUGAGUCUGCUGCCCUGCUCCCUCUGACGAAGGAUGUCCACUCUUUCCUAGAAACUUGGGUAUACUAGCUGUCUUUUCAGUAUACUUCCAAAUAAGAGUGUCUCUUCCCGCUCUUCAAAGUGAAGGCGCACCCCCUCCCCUGGCACCCCCCCGCCCCACCCUUGGCGGCAGAGCAGCGUCUGAGCUGCCGGGGCCCUGCUGACGCUGGAGGGCGGUGGUGACGGAGGCGGCCCCCCGCCAGCAGACGGCCACGCAUGACCAGUCCCCGUCCGCCUCCCGCUCCCUGGUCGCCACUCCUCCACGCGGUAGGGGGCCGAGACCCUGUAGUUCCCCCCUAGGCCGGGGCUGAGCCCGCAGGCGGCGGUAGACCCCACGUAGCAGUGCCCUGCUGGGCCAGCAGCCACCGGGACGAGCACCAAAUAAACUCCCAUUGUGGA